GUACUCAAGCCCCGCCCCCAGCCCCCCGACCCCGCCCCGAAGUUUGAGGGGUGUGGAUGGUUUGUGACCCCCUAAUUCGACUCUAACCCUCAUGGGCUGGGAGAACUAGGCUUGGGCACCGCGGCCGGGGCCAGGCAGCCUUUCGGCUCAGGUGGGCCCACGGACCCCUCUCCAGCGCCGCGGAAAUAGGACCGCCCAAACGGGGAGCCUUCGCCUUAGAAAAGACAGGGUCGGGAACGCUCCCUCACCGCGCGGUUAGGGUUCCUCACAGGCUGAAGAGAGAGUGAAGGCCUCUGAAGCAGGCCUGGGGUCCUGCCCUGCCCUGCCCCUGCCCACUAAAGUUCCCUGUGUCCGUGCCUGACGUUUUCGCCUGUCAGUUUCCUUUACUGUAAAUCGGGGUUAAUGACAUUAACCUUACCAUCAGGGGUUAGUUGUGGGAGUGAUAAAUAAUUGCUACCAUUUAUUUAUUGAACAAUUGCAAUGUGUCAGGCCCUCUGCUAAGUAUUUUGCUUCGAUGAUUUCCCGUCAUCUUCAAAACAACCUUAUGAGUGUGGACCCAGUCAGCAGCCAGGCCAUGGAACUCUCUGAUGUCACCCUCAUUGAGGGUGUGGGUAAUGAGGUGACUGUGGUGGCAGGUGUGGUGGUGCUGAUUCUAGCCUUGGUCUUAGCUUGGCUCUCCACCUACGUAGCAGACAGCGGUAGCAACCAGCUCCUGGGCACUAUUGUGUCAGCUGGCGACACAUCCGUUCUUCACCUGGGGCAUGUGGACCAUCUGGUGGCAGGCCAAGGCACCCCAGAGCCAACUGAACUCCCUCAUCCAUCAGAGGGUAAUGAUGAGAAGGCUGAAGAGGCUGGUGAAGGUGGGGGAGACUCCACAGGGGAGCCUGGAGCUGGGAGUGGUAUUGAACCCAGCCUUGAGCAUCUGCUUGACAUCCAAGGCCUGCCCAAAAGACAAGCAGGCCCAGAGAGCAGCAGUCCAGAAGACCCUCUGAGAUCUGAGGAUAGCACCUGCCUGCCUCCCAGCCCUGGCCUCAUCAAUGUGCGGCUCAAAUUCCUCAAUGACACUGAGGAGCUGGCUGUGGCCAGGCCAGAAGAUACUGUGGGUGCCCUGAAGAGUAAAUACUUCCCUGGACAAGAGAGCCAGAUGAAACUGAUCUACCAGGGCCGCCUGCUGCAGGACCCAGCCCGCACACUGCGUUCCCUGAACAUUACCAACAACUGUGUGAUUCACUGCCACCACUCACCCCCAGGGUCAGCUGUUCCGGGCCCCUCAGCCUCCCUGGCCUCCACCUCAGCCACUGAGCCCCCCAGCCUUGGUGUCAGUGUGGGCAGCCUCAUGGUGCCUGUGUUUGUGGUGCUCUUGGGUGUGGUCUGGUACUUCCGUAUCAAUUACCGCCAGUUCUUCACAGCACCUGCCACUGUCUCCCUGGUGGGGGUCACUGUCUUCUUCAGCUUCCUAGUAUUUGGGAUGUAUGGACGAUAAGGACAUAGGGAGAAAAUGAAAGGCGUGGUCUUCCUCCUUUAUUGCCUCCCCACUUUCCUGGCCAGAGCUGGGCCCAAGGGCCUGGGAGGGAGGGAUGGAAAGGAUGUGGUGGGUCCUCUUCCGUAGGACACAGAAGGCAGGUAUGGGGCCUCCCCUUCAUGUCCCUGAGGGUAAAGACAUCCCCUUUGUGCAAGCACAACUCAGGUAGAAACAAGGAUGUCAUCUUCCUUCACUUUGAGGGUCCUGAAGUUCAGAACCAAGCUGGUGGCCCAGCUCAGUGGGGAGUCUGGGCUCUGAAGAGUCCUUCCUAGCUAUGACCCUUGCUCUUCCCAUUGUCCUGCAUGUCCACUCCUUAGCACCCAGGGCCACCUGCCAGGGCAGCUCAGCAUGGCCCCAGCAUACUUCUGUAGGGAGCCUGGAGUAUAUUUUGAUUCCUUAGUGGAAUAUCCAUUUUUUGAGACUAAAGUCACACAGACAAGAAUGAAGACCGUCAGCUUGCCCUGUAGGCACCUAGCCACCUCUCCCUUCUCUCUCCACCUCUAUAGCAGGAAUAGGGUGUUCAUGGUGUUCUGGACAGUUUCCAGUGUUCUCCCUUUUUCAAAGCACUUUGCUUGUAUUUCUUUUUUUUAAGUCCUUUAUAGAACUCCGUUAGGAAGGGGUUUGGGGCACAGAGCCAAGCCCCCAGCAUUGGGAGAGGCCAGGCCACAGCUGCUGCUACCCUAGGCCUAAGGCUGUAAGCAAGAGACAGCUCUGGCCCUCAGCCAGUGUCCUACCCUGCCGAGCUCCAAGGACGAGAGCUCUGGGUAUGGAGUACUGGGCCCCAGGCCUUUGCCUCUGGGGUUGUUGGAUGGAGGGUCAGUGUCUGUGACUGAAUAAAGUUCCAUUUUGUGGU